GUAGAAAUUGUUCCCUGAUUCCUCCUCAGACUAUGACGCCAAAGAAUGUGUAGUGUCUAAAUAUAGGCGCCUCUUAUUAUUAACCCCAUCAGGGUUGGGGCGAACCCUUGUUUGGAAAUUUUGAUCCUAGCCUGUAUCAAGCCCUAACAGGAACAAAGUACACAGCGCUAAGAUGAAACUCCGCAUCAUCCGCGAAAGUCACCAUAUUAGUUAGCGCUGAGCUCCAUAGCCCGUCUCCGAACUAAUUUAACUGCCCACCCAGCCCUCCACCAGCAAAACUAACCUAUCCCGGCUGUUCCAGCUCUCUUGAUCGCCUGCGCGAGCAACUCCUGGCACAAUAGAUACCUUACCCUGUCGCCCGAGCUAGGGUAUGCUCAAUGGCGGAUUAUAUAUCAUCUAUACUUGCCAUCCCCUGAUGGAACAGAGCUGCGAUACCUUCGAUAUAUACAUAACUAGACACCAAAAGCACAGACCUAUCGGGGCACUGACAGUGUCAGUCAAAAUGGCUCUCGGCAAACGGUCACGGUCGUUACAGAGACCGCAGACCGACUAUGAGCGAUGGCUCGAAGAACACAAUGAAAACUACCAGCCUGGGCAGGAUGCACAGUACCAUCCACCUAUUCCGGGUAACAAUGGCCAAGUCCCUGUAUAUCACCGUGAAAUAGACGACAGUCCGCGGCAAAGGGCGAAUAAUGCCCAUCCGACACACUCCGAUAUCACGCAUCUCCAAUCGUACAAGCCUCAUGGCGAGUUCUUACGCCAGGUGGGUGCUGGACCGCCUUCCGCACUAGGAGGGGCUUUGGCCGACAGCUUUCGAGGACAUUGCCCAUAUCAGUUGGCCCUAUUUUUUGUCGUGGUUAUCGCACUCCUGCAGAUUGCAAGGAGCCUUGAAAAGCGACGCCGUCGUGCAAUUGCCCCUUCAACACCUGGGUCAAUAAAGUCUGUCAAUCUUCACACCGAUGAAAAAGUUCCGGUAUAAGUUUCGACGCUAUGGAGGUGGAGCGGGACUGCUAUGGUAGCUGUGGGAUCCUGACUCUCUGCUGCUUGAUUCUUUAUAUCAUUG